CGGCUUUAUUUUUGGGAUUAGCUUUGACUCAGCUUCUUAGUGAUUUAUUUGAUGCACAAGACACAUGAUCUUCUUUUUUCCUUCUCUUAAAUCACCGUCAAAAUCCACUCCCAUUUUCCUUCUCAUCAAAGAAAACAAAAAGAAAACAAGAACAUAAGUGAAGAUGCACAGGUCUGCAAGCUGGAACAGGUUCUCUGAUGAUUACUUCAAGCAUUCAGCAAUAACUCUGUCUCCAGGGCACAGAUCAUACUCUGUUUUUGACACCACCACUUUGCCAACGUAUGAUCCCAUUGCUGAGUUGGCAAAGAAGGAGAAGGCACGUGUCAAGUUCGCAGAGAAUGCAGUUCAUGUUAUCCCUUUUGUCCUCCUUGUUUGUGCCCUCGCUCUUUGGCUCUUCUCAAACCCAGAUGUGGGAAUGAUAGGAGGAAGAAGCAUUGAAGGAAUGAGUCUUGAAGGAGAAAUUGAAAAUGGCAGCGAUGGUACUCAAACGGGCUUCUUACCUAUUGUCAACCCAGAUGACAUUUCCACAAAAGAUUUUGCAGCUGAUAAACUUUCCAUUCAUCUAAAAAACUUUAAGUAA